AAAAUGAUUUUGUGAAAUUUACUUUGUUUUCCAAAUUAUCCUUUCAAACUACUGGUCAUCACAAAUUCCAAAUCCAAGUUCUGGUAGAGGGCGUUAGCAAUCUAUGUCCAGGUAACGGCGGCAGGCACGCCUUCCCCUAGCAACCUUCCAUAAACCAUCGUCGUGACGUCAUGCACGCUAUAGGCAGUCUUGUUUUACAAACGCAACAGCUGAAAUUUAUUUUUAUUGUUUAUGCACUGAUGAUAUUAUUGCUCCAGUUUGAGAAGUGCAACUUAUUUCUAUAGUGGAUAUUUGUUCCCUGUUGGAAGUGACUUGUCUAUAUGUUUUUAAAUGUUUACAGUUUUGUGACUGAUUUACUUGUUUGGGAAUGUCUUGAUAAGAAAUGUUUCAUUUUCCAGAAAAAUGCAUUUCAGGUAGCUGUUGCUGUUCUGGAAGAUGGACUGCAGAAACUCUCAUGGCCAUGAGGAAACGGACAAAGGGUCUGGGAUAAAACUACAUCAACGUGAGCAAUCUGCUUGUGGUAACAGGGGUCCCACGGCCCUUCGAGAGCCAUUUUCGGACACUAGCCAAAAGUCUCUGCGAGACAGCGAGUUUGACAGGAGUGGGCUUCACCACAUUAUGGACUCUCGCCGGGAUAAGAUAAAGGCCCAAGAUAGGAAUAGCUUGGAGUAUGAAAAUGAGGACAGUGAUUCAUACUACUCGGAUGAUUACCAUGAAGACGAGACGACGGCCCGUACCAGUUCUUAUGGGUCCCAUGACAGAUCGCGAAGUCCGAACGUUAUAUCUCGCUCCCCCAGCCCCAGAAAAGAUUAUGGGAAGAGGACUGCCGUGAGUCCUGGACGUUUUAACCGAGUUAACAAGAAGACUUCAUCUAGAAAUAUUCCAAAUAAAAAUGGACCACGUUGGGGGUUUCGUUCCCAAAGUCUACACAAAGAGUCUCCUCCAAAAGACAUUGACCUUGUAACCAAGAGGGUGCUAUCUGCCCGGCUGCUGAAAAUCAAUGAGCUGAGGAAUCAAGUGACAGCGCAACAGAUCAAACUUGAUGAGCUACAGAAGGAAAACAAGACACUGAAGCAGCUGCAGUAUCGUCAGGAGAGAGCUUUGAAUAAGUUUGAGGACACAGAAAAUGAAAUUUCUCAGCUAAUAUCCCGGCAUAGCAAUGAAGUGAGAAACCUGAGAGAACGUUUACGGAAAGCCCAGGAAAGAGAACGUAUUAAUGAAAAGAAGCUGAAGGAUACCGAGGAGGAAUUGCACCGGGCAAAGAGUUCUCUACAGAAACUGAAAAAGUUGUCUGAAGACAGACAUUUAGUGGAGAGAGACGAGCUUUCCAGGAAGCUGGUACUAGCUGAGCAAAGAUUAGAAGAUGCAGAGAAAAGAGUUAAGGAACUGGAAAAAAACAUUGAGCUGACAACUAGCAGUUUCCAUCGACAGCUGACAGUUGAGAGAAAGAAAGCUCGUGAAUUUCAAGAAGAAUCUGUUAAUUUGCAAGAAGAACUGAAACAUCUGAAUCAGAAACUAAAGGAAAGAGAGCGAGAACUGGAUGUAAGGAAUAUAUAUGCCAUUCGUAUGUCAAAGCUACCUCUUGUAAAAGACGUAGAAGGUGUGUCAAGAAAGAAAGGUUCAGGACUGAACAUAGCUAAAGGAGUACAAACUGAAGAUUAUUUCUUACCAGUGGAUUUUCCUCCCCCACCUCCACCUGCUGUUAAUUUGAAAACUGAAGGAAAAGCACACAAGGUCCCUGAUGUAAAAGUAAAAGAGGAUUUGGAAAGAGAAGAAAGAGAGCGUGCAGAUCAUUUCAGGCAAGAAAAGGAGAUGAGAGAUCAAGAAAGGGAAAGAAUGCUUAAGAGAGAGCAAGAACAGCAAGCUUUGGAGGAAAAAGCCAAGAAACUGCGAGAAGAAUGGGAAAAAGAAGAGCUUGAGAGAAAAUUGAGAGAAGAUCAGCUUUUGAGAGACAAGCUCAUUGUGGAAGAGAAUAGGCAGCAUUACGAUGCUGAGCAACGCAGACAGUUGGAAAAACAGGAGGAGGAACAGAGACGUAAUAAAGAGUUCCUGCUAGCAAAGAUGCAGGAAAUAGAUAUGGAAAGGGAAAGUGAAACAUUUGCUGAUUCUGGAGUUUUAAGUUCCUCUCAGUCACAAUUCAUAGAUUCCCCUACUAAAUCUAGCCCUUCAAAUAGGAUGCAGCGAACUUACAAAUUUUCCGAACCUGUAGAAAACUUGUUUAAUGGACUUCCAGCACAUGGGAAGCCAGCUGAUGCAACAAAGUCUGAAGGACAGGAGUCUAGAGGUGUUCAGGUCAUGCAGUCCAGUAAUGACUUGGCAUUUGGUAGCUAUGCACCAUCAUUUGGGAAAGGAUCUGGAAAAUCUGAACACAGAAAUCAAAAAGAUGUUUUUCUGGAAGAAAACCCAAGAGCAAAUAGUUCUAAAAGAGACAAAAAGUCCAAUCUAAUGGAGCAGCUGUUUGGUUCGGGUGCCAGUGUAAGUGUUGUUUCUAAAAGAGAUUUGGUGAAUCCUACUGAGUAUAGUGAGCUCAGCCAUAAUACCAGUAACCAUCUACCUUGGGAGAAACUCAAUAUAAGUAAUACUGGGAGAGACGUUUUUACCAGUGACAGCAAAAGGAAUAAUAGUACCGCAAAGCAAGGAUCACAGAUUGCAGCAACUAAAUCAGCACUUAAAGUUGUAGGUUCAGUGGAAGAUGAAAUUGAAGAAGUUAUAUUAUGAUUACACAAGUUUCUCAGUUUUAAUGUUUUAUUAAAUGAAAAAUGCAGAUAAGAUAUGAAAUUACAGUAUUUAUUGUUUAGUAUAUCUGCUACACAUUUUGGAACAUAGCUUUACAAAAUGAUUUUUUAGAAUUUAUAAAUUGAUCUUUGUGCCACAUUAAUAAUUUUUAUCAUACAAGUACUAUUGUUAUAAUUGUGUGAGUAGAGUCUCACAAAUGUAUUGCUGCAAGAUACGAAAGAAAAGAUGCAAGGAAAUGUUUGAUUUGA